AUGUAUAACAUGGCAUCAUCAGAAUCUCUGGAUCAAGACAUUCCGUUGUUCAGCCUUUCACCAUUCUGGGCUAGAUGCCUAGUAGGAGUUGUGUCUUUUGUGUGCUUUGUAAACAGUUAUAAUGGCAACUUUGUCUUCGAUGACUCGGAGGCCAUCAUCAAUAACAAGGACCUCCGAGAAGAUACAUCAAUUAGUGAUUUGUGGCUCCAUGAUUUUUGGGGUACUAAACUUAGCAGCAAUGCUAGUCAUAAGUCCUAUAGGCCACUCACAGUCUUAACGUUCAGGAUCAAUUACAAUUUGGCAGGAGGUCUGCACCCAGCUGGUUUUCACGUGGUCAACAUACUACUACAUUGCAUAGUCUCUGUCCUGAUGCUUGAAGUUUUUUCACUGCUGUUUUGCAGUGGAGCUACUGACAAAGGCAAGAAAAUCCUGUAUGCUCCAAAAUCUGCGCUGCUAAGUGCUUUAUUGUUUGCAGUCCAUCCUGUACACACAGAAUGUGUGUCUGGAAUUGUUGGCAGGGCAGAUCUUCUGUGUGCAUUAUUUGUUGUUUUAUCAUUUCUUGGAUACUGCAAAGCUCUACCAGGAUUUAAUAAUCGAGAACAUACCUCACCGUUUUGGGUCAUAUUUAGUGUUUUUCUUGGUGCAGUUGCUAUGUUGUGUAAAGAGCAAGGCAUAACUGUUUUGGGUUUGAAUGCUGUAUUUGAUGUCUUUGUAAUCUGCAAGUUAAACAUGCUGGAAUGUAUCCAGAAGGUACUGCACAGGGACAAAACCCCAGAGAAGUUUUCAUUUCUAAAAAAGGGAUUGUUUACAAGAAUUUGCCUCUUGGCAAUUGGGGGAAUGUGUCUGCUUUAUAUACGCUGGCGUAUAAUGGGCACUGGACCACCAGCAUUCACUGAUGUUGACAACCCGGCAUCAUUUGCUGAUAGCCUAUUUGUAAGAGUAAUAAACUAUAAUUACUAUUAUUCCCUAAAUGGAUGGCUGCUGCUGUGCCCCUGGUGGCUGUGCUUUGAUUGGUCAAUGGGCUGCAUACCUCUUAUUAAAUCUCUCAGUGAUUUUCGGAUAAUGGCACCAGCAGCACUUUGGUUCUGCUUGUUUGGCUUAAUGUACCAGGCUUUAUUCUCCAAUAAUGGCCAAACGAGAAGGAUUGUCACCAUGGGGCUAGGAUUUCUCGUCAUACCUUUUCUCCCUGCCAGUAAUUUAUUUUUCAGAGUUGGAUUUGCAGUUGCUGAACGGGUUCUUUAUCUGCCUAGUGUUGGCUACUGUAUGUUGCUCACUUAUGGCUACAGUAGAGUCUGUAGACAAUAUAUUAAAAAGAAAAUUUUGACUCUGACGGUAUUGGGACUUUUGGCCACCAACAUGAUACGCUGUGUCCAGAGAAGUAACGAGUGGAAAUCUGAAGAACUUCUCUUUCAAAGUGCCCUUUUUGUUUGUCCAUUAAAUGCUAAAGUGCACUACAAUGUAGGUAAAAAUUUAGCAGAUCGCAGCCAGCAAACAGAAGCCAUUAAAUUCUACAGAGAGGCUGUAAGAUUAAAUCCAAAAUAUGUUCAUGCAAUGAACAAUCUUGGCAACAUUCUAAAAGAGAAAGAAGAACUCCAUGAGGCUGAGCAGCUGUUGUCACGAGCUGUCUCAAUCCAGCCUGAUUUUUCAGCUGCAUGGAUGAAUUUAGGCAUUGUGCAGAACAGCCUUAAACGGUUUGAAGAAGCUGAAAAAAGCUACUUAACUGCUAUCAAAUACAGAAAAAAAUAUCCAGACUGUUACUACAACCUGGGGCGACUGUAUGCAGAUUUAAAUCGACAUAUGGAUGCAUUAAAUGCAUGGAGAAAUGCCACUAUUCUUAAACCAGAUCACAGUUUGGCUUGGAAUAACAUGAUCAUACUGCUUGACAAUACAGGAAAUUUAGCCCAGGCAGAAGCUAUUGGAAGAGAAGCCUUAAAGCUGUUGCCACGUGACCACUCCAUCACAUUUUCUUUAGCCAAUGUACUGGGAAAAGCAGAGAAAUAUAAGGAGUCUGAAGGUUUGUUCCUUAGAGCUAUUGAGGCCAACCCCUCUUCCGCAAGUUAUCAUGGCAAUUUGGCUGUUCUUUACCAUCGCUGGGGACAUCUGGACCUGGCCAAAAAAUACUAUGAAAUUUCCAUGAAGCUUGACCCUUCUGCUCAGGGGACCAAAGAGAACUACAAUCUUCUGAAACGAAAGCUGGAACAGAGAGGCCAUAUGUGA